GUAAAAAGUAAUUAUUAAACAUAAAUUAAGUCCGUUUUAGAAAGAUACAAACACGAUGCUGGACCUAUACAGGCGCACAGUGAAACGGUUUCCACUGGGCAGUGUCAGCUAUAUGUUUGCCUAUGGCUCCGGCGUGAAACAGCAGGAGGGCUACGAAAAAGUGGGCAACGGAACUGCUCUACGUCCGCCUCCAGGCACCGUGGUGGAUCUGGUUUUCUGUGUGCGUGAUGCCCUGGGAUUCCAUGCGGAGAACUUGCAUCGUCACCCGGAACAUUAUUCCGCCUUGCGACACUUAGGACCACGCUUUGUGGCCAACUAUCAGGAGCGUUUGGGUGCCGGAGUCUACUGCAACACCUUGGUGCCACUGCCUGACCUGGGACUGACCAUCAAGUAUGGUGUGGUGUCGGAGGAGCAGUUGCUGGAGGACCUGCUGCACUGGCGGCAUCUCUAUCUGGCCGGCAGGCUACACAAACCGGUCACCGAUCUGGUUAAUCCCGCAGAUAACCCGCCCCUAAAGGCGGCCCUGGACAGGAAUCUGCUCUCUGCACUUCAAGUCGGUCUGCUGCUGCUACCAGAAAAGUUCACCGCCUAUUCGCUAUUCCACACUAUCGCUGGCCUAAGCUACAAGGGAGAUUUUCGAAUGAUCUUUGGCGAAAACAAGCAAAAGGUCCACAAUAUAGUUAAUCCGCAAAUCAGGGACUUCUUUGCCUUGUACCAACCUUCUUUGGGACAACUCUCCAAUUUCGUGGCCGUCAACAUGAAUGGUCAGGAGCCAGGAAGUCGGAAGCCAGCCAUACUCUUUGAGCAGGAUAAAUCUCAGGCAGCUACGGUUCAACACCUGCACCAGCUGCCCGGGGAGCUCAGGAAGCGUCUCGAGCGAAAUGCCGCCUGUCGUGGCGACUAUUCCGAGGUGGUGGAUCAUCUCUCCAUGGUGCCUCAGCUGCCCGAGGUGCUGCAGGCCUCCGUCAACGACAUUGUGUGGCGCAGCAGUGUCACGCAAUCGCUCAAGAACAUCGCCAGUGCUGGCGUUCUAAAAUCCCUGGUCUACAGCUACCGAAAGGCCCAGAAAACUUUUGCCGUUUAGGAUUCUUAUAUGGGAUAGUUCCCAGGCUGCCAUUUACCGACUAAGUUGCCCCUCCAGCUGCAUUUUGUUAUAUAAUUUUAAGUCUAAACGUUGUUAAUUGCAAUAUAGAAACCGUAGCCCAAGCCAAA